AUGUCAUUGCCCUUACGGCAUCCAUUGGAAAAUGUAUCUUCGCUAGAUAGAGUCUUCGAAGAUUUACUAGUGAGAUUUGUGAUAAAUUGCCCACCAGAAGACUUAUCCAGUGUGGAAAGAGAAUUGUUCCAUUUCGAAGAAGCAUCAUGGUUUUAUACAGAUUUCGUCAAAUUGAUGAACCCAACGUUACCAUCAUUUAAAAUUAAGUCUUUUGCCAAGAAUAUUAUUAGGUUAUGUCCAUUAGUUUGGAAUUGGGAUAUUCACGCCGAUGAAGCCUUACAGAAAUUUUCGCAAUAUAAAAAAAGUAUUCCUGUUAGAGGUGCGGCCAUCUUUAAUGAAAAAUUGAACAAAAUAUUGUUAGUUAAGGGAACUGAAUCGGAUUCAUGGUCAUUCCCUCGAGGUAAAAUCUCCAAAGAUGAAGACGAUGUUGCAUGUUGUGUUCGUGAAGUGAGAGAAGAGAUUGGAUUUGAUUUGACCGAUUAUAUUGAUGAAAAUCAAUUUAUCGAACGUAACAUUCAAGGUAAAAACUAUAAAAUAUUUAUCAUUUCUGGGGUUUCUGAAAAUUACAAUUUCAAGCCACAAGUUCGUAAUGAAAUUGAGAAGAUUGAAUGGCGUGAUUUCAGAAAAAUUCAAAAGACAAUGCAUAAAUCUUCAGUGAGGUACUAUUUGAUAAACUCAAUGAUGAGACCGUUAUCGAUGUGGGUGAGACGCCAGAAACACAUUAUUGGCGAUGAUCAAUUGAGACAAUAUGCAGAGGACCAAUUGAAAUUGUUACUGGGUAUUACCAAGGAGGAACAAGUAGACCCUGGGAGAGAACUGCUCAAUAUGUUACACUCUGCAGUUCAGCAGCAAGAGGAGAAACCAGAAAAUCCUCAAGAAACUGCAAAGGGAGAGCCCACUAUACCGACUGCUGCAGCUCCUAUGGUAAAUCAAAUGAUGUUUCCUCAGAUCAUGCCUCCGGCUGUAAUGGGAUUCCGUCCCUUUGCGCCUUUCCCCUUUAUGAAUGGAAAUGUACCGCCAUUUAUGGGCCCACACAGGGCUCCUGGUAUACCGCCCAUUGAUACUCAGCAACAGCCACAACAACACCAACAUGGUACUUUACCAACACCAUUGGGUCCAGGUAAUCCUCCACAGGCAAUUCCUACCCCUGAUGUAUCGUCAUUAUCAAGACCGGCAUUCGCACAAGAGCAACUUAAUGAAAAUCAUCAAAGAUCAGAUACUUCGUCGAAACAGCUGUUAGAAUUACUAAAUUCCAAAAAUAGAUCUGAACAACAAAGAGAAAGACCCGAUACAAACGAAUCAACUCAAGAAGAAGACUCUACACCUCCAGGGAGUGCAUCUUCCGAUUUAUUAAAUAUUUUGAAAAAAUCCCAAUUAAAAUCAGAACCAUUGGUAACACCCUAUAGUCAAAAUAAUGGUCAUGAAAAAUUACCAUCACAAGAUGGGUAUGAAGAGUUUGAAAGUAGCUCAGAAGGUAGCAUUAAUGAAGACAAUCAACAAGAAGAUGAUGAACCAAACAGUAAAUCAGAUUCUGAUGGAUACGAAGAUUUUGAAAGUGACGUAAGUGAAGAACACUUUAAAGAACCAACACCACCACCAAAACCAGUGGCUCAGGAAGCCGUAAAACAAGAUAUCAACAAGGAACCUAAGGAACCUAAGGAAUUCAAGGGAGCUAACCACCAUAUUGGUUUCAGGGAAGAAUCGCCUGCUCCUACUGAAGGUGCUAAACCAAAACCUAAGAUCAAAUUGUUAAAACGUGGUGAAAAUUUGGCGGAUGUACUUCCCAAGCAAUCGCCACCAUUAUCAACAUCCGAAAAAUCACCUUCUUCAGAGGAUUUGUUGGGUCUUUUGAAAAAACCUCACAAUAGUAGUAAACCUCAAGAGUCUUCUGAAGAGUCUUUGAAACAAACUGGAGAACCUGUAAGACAAGUGUCAGUUCCUCCAGUUAACCAAUCACCUUUGCAUUUUUCUCAACAACCAGAUGUUCAGCAUCAUCAACAACAACCUGAGAAUAUACUUCCACAAUUUCCACAGCCAAUCGAUAUUGCGGUGCCAAAGUUACAGCAAUCACCAGAGGAAGAAUUAUUGGGCAUGUUGAGAAAGGGCCAAUCCCCUCAACCUCAACAAGACGAUCUUAACAACCAAGAAUCCGAUUCUCAUCGAUUGCUGGAAGUUCUGAAAAAUCGUACCAAGAGAAAUUCAAUCGGUUCGCCGUUGUCAGAGCCCUCCGCUAGCCCUCAUAACUUUACCAAUGUGAACCCAGUGCUUCCCUCUGACUCACAUGCUGCAUCAUCAGAGCUCUUGGGCAUAUUGAGGAGACCUAUAAAUGGUAAUUCAUCGAGUCCAUCCCAAGUACCGUACGGAUCCAUGGGAGAUCCUUUCAAAACGGAUUCUUCAUAUGGUGCUAGCCCCUCUAAUGAACUUCUAGGAAUUCUACAUAGAAAAUGA